CGCGUUCACGAGCCAGAAGAGAAGAGAGGCUAACCACCGCAGCGGCUGCGACCUGCGAGUGCGACAACCUCCGCGGAGGAGUUGGAGCCGGCGGCGGGGAUAUUUGCUUGCCCGGCUGGGGUUGCGGCGGAAGGAGGGAGAGACAAUCGGCGAUGGCGGCGUCCGCGAGGCCCGGGGAGAGGGCGACCAGCUUCGCCGUCGCGUGCAGCCUCCUCAGCCGCUUCGUCCGCCAGAACGGCGUCGCGGCUGCCGACCUAGGCCUCAGGAUCAAAGGCGAGGUCGAGCAGCAGAGGACGCCGGCGACAACUAACUCGCUCCCCGGAGCGGAGGGCGAGGAGGUCGAAAGGAGGAAGGAGACCAUGGAGCUGUUCCCGCAGAGCGUCGGGUUCAGCAUCAAGGAUGCUGCUGCCCCUAGGGAGGAGCAAGGAGAUAAAGAGAAGCCUAAGCAGCUCACAAUCUUCUAUGGCGGGAAGGUGCUGGUAUUUGACGAUUUCCCCGCCGACAAGGCAAAGGAUCUGAUGCAGCUGGCCAGCAAGGGCAGCCCAGUGGUACAGAACGUUGCUUUGCCUCAACCCUCUGCAGCAGCUGCUGUCACUACUGACAAGGCCGUGCUGGACCCGGUCAUCAGCUUGGCCGCUGCUAAGAAGCCUGCUCGCACAAAUGCUUCUGAUAUGCCUAUUAUGAGGAAGGCUUCUCUUCACCGCUUCCUUGAGAAGAGAAAAGAUCGCCUCAAUGCAAAGACACCAUAUCAAACUGCUCCUUCAGAUGCCGCACCAGUCAAGAAGGAGCCUGAGAGCCAGCCAUGGCUCGGAUUAGGACCGAAUGCCGUGGAUUCCAGCCUGAACCUCAGCUAGUACACAACAACACAGCCAUAAUAAGACGGCACAGCAACGGCACCCACCAUGACCUGGAAUUUGCUUUGCCACUAGAUCGAGUUCAGAAACCAUAAAUAUUCUUAGUUAUCGUGUUUUAGUGUUCGCUUAUGUCGUGGUUCUACGCCCUCUUGUCGCAUAGUUCUGGAUGUAAAGAAAAGUAGCCAGUCAUGACCAUCACCGGGAGUCGGGGAGAAGUUUUUGGAGGGUGUUAACACACGGCGACUCUGAAUUGGCCAUGCUAAGGAAAAGGAUAGUGCAAUGUGAGGUAUAUGUAUUUUCUGAAAGCCAGAUCGUUUGGGUCUAGCCCUGAUGUAUGCAGAACAAGUGAUUAUUGUAAUGGAUCCUGAUUAUCCUCAUCAUCCUAUUGUUGUUUUCUGAU